AUGGCCUUUCGAGGUCUUCCUGCGAUCUCAAGCCGAGUGCGGUAUUCGAAAUCCAACGGUACAGCUGGAAGACCUUCUAUUACUGCGUCUCUUGACGUUGAAACGGGAGCGUUCUCGAAUGACGACAUAGCCAUUACUCAUGUCAAUAUGCAAUUGUCUGAAGGCUCUGCAGAGGAUAUGGGGAAAGCCCUUGCUCCUCUAUUGCCCCUCGCAUGUAGACCAAAGGACAAUCCGACUUUCUUGUUCCGCCUUACGCCGAGUGAGCCAGCCCCAGAUGCUUCCAAUCAAAGCUCAGCAAAGACGGUGCUCAUCACAGUCCACGCUACAGUGCUCGUUUCUGAGACAUGUCGACCUAGCAUUGAAAUGCGGUGGAAGACGGGGAUAGAUUUCUCAACUGCUUUGAAUCCUCUUUACGGUGCUCCAGGUCAGUCGAUGCAAAGACAAAACAGACCAAGCAGCCUUCAGAGGACGUCUUUCACAGCGGAUGGAAACGGUUUCCUUGCAUCCGCUCGGGAAGGUGGGGCGUCGUCUGAAUCCGGGUCAAAUGAACAGCGGCAGCGCGCGGGCUCUGUUACUGACUUUGGCGUAUCAAUAGCUUUCACAGCCCCAAAAACUGUGCGCGUGGGAGAGCUCUUUUCUUGGGAUGUCCUGGUCCUAAAUCGCUCAAGCAAACCUCGCCAGCUGGUUUUAAUGGUCAUUCCGAGUCGGAGGAAGGGGCUUACUGGGACGCAUUCAUCGAAAUCAUCUUCUUCGUCUGUGAGGGGUCGCAAGGAUGGUAACUUCGCUAAUGCUGUAAUUGAUGAGAAUUUAUUAUAUGCUAUGCAGAGGAAUUCUGAACAUGAGGCAUCGCAGCUGAUAAGUAUGAGCACUGAUGUUAGGGUUGGACCACUUAGUCCUGACUCUUGUCUUCAUACGGAGCUCAAGUUUCUCCCACUAGCCCUUGGCCAUCUUCAAAUUGAAGCCGUCCGAGUCGUUGAUGUGAUAUCGAACGACUUUAUAGACGUUCGAGACCUGCCUGAUGUCGUGGCGGAAGCGCAGGCUGACGAUGCUCAAUGA